UCAUAUGCGUGACGUAUGCAGAGACGCGGAAGAAGUGGGAACUCCCGCGAUGUUCUUUCAUUCUAUGCUUAUCAAUUAAUCAUACAGUCUUUCUUCAAACUGGAAUCGGGGUUUAUUUUUCAAUUCAGAGUAAACUUCCUAAUAACCCAAUUCACGGCAUUGGCAUUGGCUGGAUUACUGAGGUCGUCGUUAAAUCCAGUGGCCGCCUCUCCGGCUAGCCGACACGCCUUUGGUCUCGUGAUUGGCCUUGUCCUUGGCUACUUCAGUUUUGGCAAGCAAGCCAUACACUUGGCAGGACUUCCGGCGCUAUGCUACGUAGCCAUGCGAGUGCUGGACCCUCAUCACAUGCAGAGAGUGGUCCUUGCAGUUGCGCUGAUUUAUCUGUCGUGCAUACACUUUCAUCGUCAAUUGUAUGAUUACGGCUCUUACACUCUCGAUAUUACUGGUCCACUGAUGGUAAUUACUCAAAAAGUUACGAGCCUGGCAUAUAGCGUGCACGAUGGGCUAACGCGUAAGGAGGACGAACUGACGCCUUCGCAACGUCAUCAUGCCGUGCACAAAAUGCCGACUGCGCUGGAGUAUUUCAGUUAUGUCUUCCACUUUCAAGCUCUUAUGGCAGGUCCAAUCAUUUUUUACCGCGAUUACAUCGAUUUCAUUCACGGGCGUGGACAAAAGUUGCUAAAGGGUACCUAUGAUGAGCAAAUUGGUCAAGUAAAUGAAAUAGUGCUGGAGCCAUCGCCACGAUUAGUUGUGAUAAAGAAAGUUGUCGCAAGUCUACUAUGUGCAUUAAUAUUUGUGACAAUGCUUCCAUCGUAUCCGAUGCAAAAGAUCAAAGACGAUGACUUCCUCUACAACACCUCAAUGCUUUACAAAUAUUGGUACCUGACGAUAGCGACAAUGCUGAUUCGCUUUAAGUAUUAUCACGCGUGGCUUUUCGCUGAUGCUAUUUGUAACAAUUCCGGUUUGGGAUUUAAUGGCUACAACGAAGAUGGCACGGCCCGUUGGGAUCUUAUUUCUAACGUAGAUGCCUUCAAGUUUGAGACUGCACUAAGCUUGAGAGAUAGUAUUGAGGCUUGGAACAAGGGAACAAAUCGAUGGUUAAGAAUGAUAGUCUAUGAAAGAGUUGAACGGAAUAAAACCGUUUUCACCUAUGCCCUUUCCGCUUUAUGGCACGGUUUCUAUCCUGGAUAUUACCUCACCUUUGCAGGCGGAGCCUUCUUCACAUUUGCCUCUCGAGCUGUUCGUCGACACAUAAGACCGUAUUUUCUUACCUCAAAGACAAAGAAAGUAUUUUAUGACGCGCUUACCUUGGUCACAACUCGAUUCGUACUGGCAUACAUAACAUUUAGCUUCAUCCUCCUCGAGUUCAGACCAAGUAUCAACUUGUACCUGAACAUGUACCUCGCACCGCAUUUGUUCGGCCUGUCGGCUAUCCUCGUGCUGCCCAUGUUACCAAGGACACGCGAAGCCGGCGGCUCCAAAGCCAAGCACGAGAAAGCAUCGGCUGCGGCCUCUCACAGCAACGGACACGUGCACAAAGACAAGUAGUGAGACAGCAGCAGCCGCCGUUCGCUCGUGCCUGUACCGUCGCUGCGACCGCCUUCCCUUCGCUUUACUUGGCUCCGCCGCCGCCGCCGCCGCCGCCGGCUAAGGCUUCUAUAUCCUCGCGCUGCGGUCCCCGGUCUACAUGCAGCUACUAUACCAAUUUUACGACUACCCAGCGGCAGCUCGAUGUUUUGGAACCGCGAGGGAGAGAAGCAGUGCGCGCGGUUGUAGGGUACAGUUUCUGCUGUGCCGGCGCGUGCACCGGCCUUCUCCGUGCGACGCAAUAUGUGCGUAUAAUUCGUCGCGUCGCGGCGCACGUAUAACUCGAAAUUCCACUUUUUCACGUUUAUGAAGUUUUAAGUUUAUUGGGAUCGAUCGGCUGCUGAUCUCGCCGAGCUUUCUAUCCAAUAAUCAUGGGAGAUCGAAUAGAUUUUUUUAUAACCUAUUCCGAUCGAUUACCAACCAUUUCUUUUCUUUUUAUAAGUAUCCAUUACGACCGAUCGAGCUAGUAUUAACCAAAAUUGUGAUGAUUGUGAAACUGAUGCGCUCGCGGUGAUGCAUUUUUUUACGAGUAUCGCCGCGAUUGGUUUUAUAUACAUUUUAUUUAGACUUAAGCCGCUAAAUUGUGAUCUCUUUUUGUCGCUUCCCCGCAAAUUAAUAUACGUACACUACGUAAUUCGAAGUUUCUACAUUACAUCAAGCUUCAAAUCGUUGGAAUUCGAGUUUGCACGAGUACUUUAUUGCGUUACCGGUGAAAAUAUAUGAUAUAUACUUUGUAAACUCGGAAGUGAGCGCGGUGGCUUGACUACUACAUACAUUAUUUUUUAAAGGGAUUAUAUUAUUUAUAUAUACACGGGAGCGAACGAAUGAGCGAGACAAAAAAUAUUUAUAAUUAUAUAUACAUGAUAUUGUACAUGGAUAAGAAUGCACGUAUCCGCAUGUAUGCAAGGGCGUUUAGUAUGCACUGCAGGAGCGGUCGCAUGACAAUGGUGAUGAUGAUAUGUGUGUGUAUAGAUGCAAGCCUAAUGAAUGUGGGACAAGGUGUACGCGCUUUUUAAGCGUAGCCAUCGGGAACGCCAAGCUUUAUCAACGUUGCAACAGUCUCUUCUUCUUCUUUUUUUUUUAUUUCGUUGAAUUGUAAAAGAUUUGAUAUCUGCGUAUCUACUGUUAUGAUUGUAUAUUGCAAAGAUUUAUUACUUUGUUUAUUUUUAUUAAUUUUACCGCCGCGUUGCCCAUGUCGACGAAAACGCCAAAAUCCGUUGUUGGGCUCUGGCAAGAUAAUCUUAAUUGUAAACUUAUGCGAAAAUCAAUGAAUUGUUAUUCUACCGUAAUUUUAGCGUUUUCAAUCUAAUAUUUUUAUAUGGUUCUAGUGAUAACGUGAUACAGGGAAAAUCAAACCGAUGAAUUGACCGAUGAAAAAUUCACACAAAAUGAAUUUACACUUUUUCCAGAAUCUUAUAAUACACCGAUACGAAAGGUUUUUUAACGCAAAGACUUACACUACAAACUUUUUAUAUAUCUAAUUUUAUUUACUAUAAUAAAACAAUUAAAAUACUUAAUAAAAUAUGUACGUCACUUUUUCAUAUUCACGCAUAUAAGCUCAAACAAUGUAUCAUAUUUCUUGACACGCGGUAUGACAAGAAAUGUUUAUUUGGACGAACUCGAACAACUGAAAAGAUUUUCACGCAAUAGCAUUUUCUGUUUAUUAUGGGGGCGAGCGUGAGCAGCAUGUGUGCGCCUUCCGAUUUUUGUGAUUAUAUAUAGCGCGCUGGAGGCGCAUAUACGAAGAUAAACGAAAAGUCAGAAAGCAAUGACUAGGGUGCCGCCGUCGACUCGGAUUACUUACUUUUCAUGCUGCACAGUUAUGGAAUGUAAAAACUGAUAAUCAAACUUGCCCGCCUCAAAUAAUAAACGAGCUACGAGGAGGCAUCUCGUUUAACACUAUUUUAAGAUUCACAAACUUUUACUAAUGCGAAGAAUUGUUUGGGAAUGGGAUUCACAUUUUUUAAUACAUGAGAAAACAGUUUGAAGUAACUAUUCCUAAUUCAUAAAGCGUUUAUAUGAAUCUUGGACUACUCGCAAUCUGUUCCAACGCCAUUGUCUUCCGAGAUUUAUGUGCACAAAAAUUAUGUAUUUUCAAAAGUACAUAAUUAUCAAAUAAAAAUGUUUCUUAUCAACUUUUUAUACGUAUUAAAAAAAUAUGUAAAUUACGAUCGCGAAUAAAUAAUACAUGUAAUAAUGUGAAUCACCCCAUUUUUAAUGUACGCAUUGACAAUACAGAAUACGAUACGAGAAUAUUGUUGUUAAUAAUUUGAAAUGUUACAAAUUGUAAAUUUUCUCUACGAUUAAAAAAAAAAAUUUAACGUUACGUUGAUAAGUGUUGUCUGGUUUUUGUGUGAAAGAAAUGAAAUGUCGCAUUUGAAGAAUUUUGGAAUGGAUUUGAAUGAACAGCAUUUUAUGAAAGCAUAAACAUAUCGAUUCAUGUGGAUUCGUCUUAUCGUAAUUUAGUUUUUUUUUUUACACUAACGUUAAUAAAUUUUGUAUCGUGUAACGUGUUAUUCUGGAAUAUAAAAUAUUCUUUAAAA